CUUUUCUUCAUCACUUGCGCUAGUUGUCGCCUCAGUCUGCUUAAUCUGAAUGUGAUUGCAUCUUAUUUGAUCUCAGUAGUCUGUUUUGUUAUAAUGUAUGAUCGUCUGACACGAAAUCACGGAGUUAAUUUAUCUAUUUUAGUGAAUAUAUAUUUAAAUGGCUCAGGAAGAUUUGGUUUUCAGUGUUGAUGAAGAUCUUGAAUCUGAAUAGUAUAAUACUGUGAAUGCGACAAGUCAAAUUAGUACUCUGUAGUUUUUACUAUCUAGUCUAAAUUUAUCACGAGGCAUUACUGUUGUUAUUGGUUAAUUUGGUUUAAUCCCCCGAUUGUGCUCGGGCGUGGAGACGUCGGAUCGGCCGGGAUUCUUUUUCCAGAACUUUAUGUUUUUGGAAUAUGUACUAAGAUGCUGAUGGCUUAUCAAUUCAUAAUCAGCUCAAGAUGUAUGGACUCAGAUGCUAAGGACUCAGGACUCAGGAGUUAUUAGGAUUAUCAGUGAUGUUUUCCUACUGCAUUCAAUGCAUAUGAACAAAUGAAGAUCCUCUAUUUUAAUCACCUCAAGAUGUAAAUUAUCAAUGGGUUCACAACCAGUAGAAGAUUUUAUAGAGGCUUCGUCUGGAGUUCAUUAUUCAGGAUUCCAUAUGGAGGGGCCAAAUUCUUCAGACAUUGAGAAACCAACAACUUCAACGGGUGUAAAUGUGCUUAAACAGCCCUUUGUGAUUGGAGUUGCUGGAGGUGCUGCAUCUGGAAAGACCACAGUUUGUGAUUUGAUUAUUGAGCAGCUUCGUGAUCAGCGUGUAGUCCUAGUUAACCAGGAUUCUUUCUACCAUAAUUUGACACCUGAGGAACUAACAAAAGUUCAUGAAUACAACUUUGAUCAUCCUGAUGCAUUUGACACUGAGCAAUUAUUGUCUGUCAUGGAUAAACUGAAGCAUGGGCAAGCAGUAGAUAUCCCAAAAUAUGACUUCAAGUGUUACAAGAACAAUGUAUUUCCACCUCGAAGGGUAAAUCCUUCAGAUGUCAUAAUCUUAGAAGGCAUUCUUAUUUUUCAUGAUCCUCGUGUGCGAGAUCUAAUGAAUAUGAAGAUAUUUGUAGAUACAGAUGCUGAUGUACGUCUUGCAAGGAGAAUAAGACGUGACACAGUUGAAAAGGGUAGAGAUAUUGCUACAGUACUUGAUCAGUACUCAAAGUUUGUCAAACGAGCUUUUGAUGAUUUCAUUCUUCCAACAAAGAAGUAUGCUGACAUAAUCAUUCCUCGUGGUGGAGACAAUCAUGUUGCUGUUGACUUGAUUGUGCAACACAUUAGGACAAAACUUGGUCAACAUGAUCUAUGUAAAAUAUAUCCUAAUCUUUAUGUCAUUCAAUCAACUUUUCAGAUACGAGGCAUGCACACACUUGUCCGUGAUUCCAAAACAACAAAACAUGAUUUUGUAUUUUAUGCUGAUCGGCUGAUCCGUUUGGUAGUUGAACAUGGUCUUGGGCAUCUUCCAUUUACUGAAAAGCAGGUGAUCACUCCAACUGGAUCUGUAUACUCUGGUGUUGAUUUCUGUAAGAGAUUAUGUGGAGUUUCUGUAAUUCGAAGUGGUGAGAGCAUGGAAAAUGCAUUGCGAGCAUGUUGUAAGGGUAUAAAGAUUGGCAAGAUCCUUAUUCACAGAGAGGGUGACAAUGGUCAGCAGCUUAUCUAUGAAAAACUGCCGGAAGACAUUGCAGAGAGGCACGUCUUGCUGCUGGACCCUAUCCUAGGCACAGGGAAUUCAGCCGUUGAAGCUAUUUCUUUGUUGCUAAAGAAAGGUGUACCUGAGUCCAAAAUUUUAUUCCUAAAUCUUAUAUCUGCACCCCAAGGAGUACAUAUGGUGUGCAAACGUUUCCCAAGAAUAAAGAUGGUAACAUCCGAGAUUGAAAUGGGUCUGAACAAAGACUUCCGUGUAAUUCCUGGCAUGGGGGAGUUUGGGGAUCGUUAUUUCGGCACCGACGAAGAUUAA